AUGCACACAGACGACAUUGUCACAGACGAGGGCCUCGUCGCCCUACUCGAGGCUUCGGCACGGGCUCGCAAGCAGGCGCUCGAGCUCAUCGACAAGGCCUCCAAGAGUGCUUCGGCCGACCCGAGCACGCUGGCACCGCUGCUGGAGCGUGCGGCUGAGAUUUCACGCGGCCAAAAACUGCUUGUCGCUAAUAUUGCCCAACUGCGAAGCCUCCACCGGGCCGCCUAUUUUUCUGCACGCGAGACCAAGUUGCAAACGGCCGAGGCGCGCCAGGAGGUCGACCGGCUGCACCUGCAGCUGCAGAACCUGUACUAUGAGCAGCGUCAUCUCCAGGGCGAGAUAGCUGCAUGCGAGAAUUACGACCACUCAUACAUGCACCUGCCCAUGAUCCCCGUGGAGGAAUUCCUCGAGCUACACCCCGAGCAUGUCGAUGCCGACGAGGAAACGUUGAUGACGGCGCGGAUCGGCUACGAGAAGCAGGAGCGCGAGGCCUUGGAGCGGCAGAAGAAUGAGCUUCUUAAGAAGAAACUCAAGCUGAUUGCUGAGAACAAGAAGCGCAAGGACGACUUGGCCAAUCUGGAUAAGGAUUUGGAAAAUUUCAUUGACGCUGCGAAACCGAUCCAGAAUCUCUUCGACAAGGUCGUUUGA